CAAAUCUAGAUACAUAUUCAUUAUGCAAGUCAUAAACAAAUGUAACGUUACAAUAAUACUACUCGGAUUGUGAGACAUUAAAUUACAUCUUAGGCUAUUACUUGUUAGCCAUGUAUGCUGAAAUAGGAAAUAUGACCAGAGUAACAGAUGCCACAUCUGCUGAGGUAGACGAUGAUCAAGAUGAUGCGGAUGGAGACCAGGAAAAAACGGUUCUAUACUCAGUGAACGAAACUCCACCCUGGCAUCUUUGCAUAUUACUAGGAUUUCAGCAUUAUCUGACAGCUAUUGGCGGAAUCAUCUCAAUCCCACUUGUACUAGCACAAUAUUUUUGCAUGGACAAAGACACUCUUGGUAUAAGCGAAGUUAUUGGUACAAUCAUCUUUGUCUCGGGACUUUCUACAAUUCUUCAAACAACGUUCGGUAUACGGUUACCAAUUGUGCAAGGGAGUACCCCAACAUUUCUGAUUCCAACCAUAGCAAUAAUGUCUCAGCCAGUAUGGGAAUGUGAGUACAAGAUAGCGCGGGAAAUGAACGGUAGCCAUGUUAACUUUACCGCGUAUGGUUUACCAGAGCCAGGAAGUGAAGGUCACCAGGAAAUCUGGAUGAAACGAAUCCGAGAGAUCCAGGGUGCCAUUAUGGUGGCGUCCAUUUUCCAAGUUGUUAUUGGUUUCAGCGGAGUGAUGACGUUUGCUUUGCGGUUUAUUGGUCCACUUUCCAUCGUCCCGAUUGUUGCAUUGACAGGAUUCUCAUUAUUUCCGGUUGGAUCUGACUUGGCUUCGGGGCAAUGGUGGAUUGCUUUAAUGACAACAUUUCUUGUGAUAGUUUUCAGUCAAUAUUUGAAAAAUAUCAAAAUACCUAUAUGUAGAGUUGACAAAAAACAUGGUUGUGUAAAAACCGAUUUAGCGUUUUUCAACAUAUUUCCCGUUCUGUUGGCAAUGAUAAUAUCUUGUAUAGUGUGCACAAUUCUGACGGUUACAGAUGUCUUACCAGAUAAUCCAGACGAGUGGGGCUACGCAGCAAGAAUUGACAUCAAUCUAUUUGUGAUGAAAGAGGCAAAGUGGUUCAGAUUUCCUUACCCGGGGCAAUGGGGCAUUCCUACAGUAAGUGUAGCAGGAGUGUUUGGCAUGUUAGCUGGAGUUUUGGCAGCCAUGUUGGAAUCAGUCGGCGAUUACUACGCAUGCGCGAGACUUGCUGGAGCACCGCCACCACCAUCACAUGCAGUAAAUAGGGGAAUAUUUAUUGAGGGCAUUGCGUGCAUUUUGGCUGGUGCAUGGGGAUCCGGAAAUGGUACAACAUCAUUCAGUGAAAAUAUUGGUGUUAUUGGCAUUACAAAAGUGGGUAGUAGGCGUGUUGUUCAGGUUGGCGGUAUAAUUAUGAUAGUUCUCGGAUGUUUCGGUAAGUUUUCGGCAUUGUUUACUUUGAUACCAACACCUGUGUUUGGAGGACUGUUCAUGGUUACUUUUGGAAUGGUUGCCGCCGUGGGUUUAUCCAAUCUACAAUACAUUGAUCUUAACUCGCCAAGAAAUCUCUGCAUUCUUGGAGUGUCACUAUUUUUCGGAGUGAGUCUUCCUCUGUGGUUACAAGGAAAUGACGCAAUACAUACCGGAAGUGACGUAUUCGACCAAAUAUUGUCAGUCUUGCUUGGCACGAGUAUGUUUGUGGGUGGGAUGAUAGGUUUUGUUUUAGACAAUACAAUUCCAGGUACAGACAGAGAAAGGGGCAUUCGUACGUGGCGUGAAGAUACAAUAGGACGUUGUAAAACUGACUCGACCGGUAACGAAAGUGUCUACAACCCACCUUUUUUCCAAGACAAUAUAUUCAAAAAUAAAGUUCUGAAAUAUUUACCAAUUUGUCCGCCAUUUUUGAACAUUCGGAAUGUUUCAGAUAUCUCCAUCGCUACAUCGGUCAAUGUUACAGAUGUAUAUGAUUACAAAGAUAGUCACGAAAAUUCAACGAAAUUUUAACGAAUGUUUGCAUAUUAAAGCAGCACGCCUCCGCAUUUCUGCUAAUUUUCAUGAAAAUUUUGAAAAUGUAUUAAAAAGUGAAAUAUGGUAGGUGAACAAAGAAAAUUCUUCAUGCAUUGCAAACGAAACUUAUAGCCACAGUAAAUUACCAAAAAUAGAUCAAAAUAUGCAAAAAUAGCCCUUACUGCGUUAGUAACGCAGUAGAAAUAUGGUGAUAAAUACUGCAAAAGCAGUUGUACAUUGUACAUAGCAAGUACAUUUUUACAAAUAUAUUGGAUUGUUUUACUUGUCUUAAAUUUAUAUUUAAUUUCUCUCAAGUUUGAUUUUCUUGAAAUAGUUUGCUUCAUCUGGAGGCAUGCAGAUUUAAUGACGGGAUACUAUUGCUAUGAAGUACUGAAAUAAAAUAAAACUGUAGA